UUCUUCUGGAAUACAAGCUUAAUGUCUGCCUUAUCUACGGUCGUCAGUCUGAAGAUUUGUUAAAAAAUGCAGCGUCACACUUGACUCACAAUGUUUAUCUUCAUAUCAGCUUCAUAACAGUUAUGCGUGCAAGUGUUUUACUCACUCGAAAGACAGCCAGACCAUGACAAAUGGAAAGUGAGAACAGAUCCAGGCGUCCAGUGACGACAGUCUCAUUACGCGUUUAUAAGAGCGCCUGUCUGAUCUCACCAGUGUCUAGUUGGAGGAGAUUCAGCUGGACAACACAUCGGAAGUUAACGGACUGUGACUCUGGACAUACAACCUGGAGCUGACACUUAUCAUGAAAGUGUCCCAAUGGAGCUGAACUCUUCGACUCUCUUCUGCAACGACACAGUGGCCUGGACAUGGCUGUCUUCUGUCCAGCCUCCAUUUCUGGCUCUUAUCAGCAUCUUGGGAGUGUUGGGAAACAGCCUGGUCCUCUGCGUGUUCAGCCUCCAGCGGAAGCCGUGCAGCGUAGCUGAUGUAUAUCUGGGCAACCUGGCAGCUGCAGACCUCAUUAUGGUCCUCUGUUUACCCUUCUGGAUGGUCACCAUUGCCCAGGACUACCAGUGGAACUUUGGCCAGUUGCUCUGCAAAGUGAUCAACACUGCCAUCCCCAUGAACUACUAUUGUAGUGUACUUUUUCUAGUGCUAGUCAGCGUGGACCGCUACCUUGCACUGGCCAAACCCAUGAAUCGCACUAAAAUGAGGUGCCCUAAAUGGGCCAAGCGUAUCUGUGUGAUGGUUUGGGUGGCCAGUUUCAUUCUCAGCCUCCCAAACUUGCUUUUCCGAAGAGUACGUUUCUUUUCAACCUUAGAAGUUGAAGCCUGCUACCUGGCAUAUCCUCAUCCAGCCUGGAUUCUCCAGCGCAACCUUACAAGAAACUUAAUUGGAUUCCUGGUUCCACUGCCAGUCAUUUCACUUUGCACUUUUCACAUAGUCAAGGCCCUUAAAAAUCGUAGUCUGAUGAUUCAGCCGAGAGUUCAGACAGAGAGAAAGGCUGCUAAACUUGUUUUGACAGUCCUCAUUGUGUUUUUCUUUUGCUGGACACCCUUUCAGCUGAUGCGACUCCUCAGCACCCUCGACUACUUUCAACUUGUUUCUGGAUGUUUGUGGGAGGACAUAUUGCAAAUAGGCAUUCAGCUGGCAACCUAUUUAGGGUACAGCAAUAGUGCAAUAAACCCAUUCUUGUACGUCAUCGUAGGAAGUCACUUCCGGAAAAGAGCUCUAGGAGUUUUUCAGAAUCUUUUGUCUUUUAGAAGGAAGAGCAGUUCUUCUGUUCUCACAAAUGUCACUGUUAUUAGCAAGUGCGGCGACAGUCCUAAAGACAACAGAGUGACGCCACUGACACUGAAAAGAGUAUAUCCACCCCUCACACAUCAAAUCGUGAGCAGGUCAUCAUGAAGAUGCAAAGAAUCUCAAGCAGGUCAACGUCAAGUUUUGAUCUAAUCUGUCAGAACCGUGUGCAAAUAAUUUACAGUAAUUUCUUGUAACUGAGGGGCUGUUUACACAUUUUCAGGCAAAAACUUGAAACUUUUUACAUAUUAUGUCUUUUAGUCUACAUUACCAUGGCAUUUUUAAUUAAUCUGGAUGUUCAUUGGAUUGUCAUAUCCAUUCAAACACUGUAAAAUAAGAGUCUAUGAAAAAAAGUUGACAUUAAGCAUGAUGAGUUUAGGGAAAUGUAGGUUAAUAUAAAGCAC